GCUAUUUUAUGCUAUUUUCAGCUAUUUUUGUGCUUUUGGCUAUUUUCAACAGUUUUUCCACAAUUCAACUCUCAGCAUUCCCACGCGAGUUCAGCUGAAAUUGCAGUUUUGAUCUAGUUCUCGUAUCUGAAACAGGCAACAAGAAAGACUCUGCACACGUUUUAACAGGCUUAAAAUCCUGAAUGACUCUCUUCCAUUGGGUCUUGUUCUUUCACCCCAGUUCUAUCUCUGUUUACAUCAGAGGUCCUCUCCUCAAAGCGGACUUCCCUCAUUCUUUGUAAGUCAUAAACUGGGUAAUUGCAGAGCGCUCAGACCUUGACAGCACCACACUCCCUCACAAGGAGGAGCAGAAAAAAGGAAAAAGCCACUGGCAUGAUAAUAAAGGACUUGUUGGACGGGGUUACUACAGGGCAACGUCCGUAACUCCUCUCCCUGUGUGUGAAAGGAAGAGAGAGAGCCAGAAAACGGCCGAGCGAGACAAGGAUCAUGUGGUUGGAGGGUGCUGCGUCCGCCGCUUGAACGCUGAGCUGGGAGCAGCACCCAAAACAGGGGCAGCUUCCACAAAGACCCCGUUCCAAAGCUGCGUGGAGCUUAUUUUUCCAAACCGACCGUGGCUGACGGGUCCUCCAUCAUCAGAGAAGCCCUUUUGGGGGCUAGUUUUGGAAAAUUUGCCACCGUCCAGGCGGCGAGGCGAGGCAAAGCGAGGUGAAUAUGGACAUGUUUGAGGACUGCACAAUGUCAGACUGGGAGGCUGUGUUGGAGCUGGAUGAGGCGCUGGCAGGGUGGCUGCUGCAGGGUCCAGCCAGAGGGGAAUGGGGUUGGGAGUGGGGCUGGGCUGCCUCAGACCUGCAGGACCCAGAGUGGGACACUGAGGAGACCCCUGCUGUGCUGAGCCCCACAUACAAGCAGAGAAAUGAAGACUUCAGGAAACUCUUCAAGCAGCUCCCUGACACAGAGAGACUCAUCGUGGACUACUCCUGUGCUCUUCAACGGGACAUCCUACUGCAGGGACGACUCUACCUCUCUGAGAACUGGAUCUGUUUCUAUAGCAACAUCUUCCGCUGGGAAACCCUGCUAACUGUGCGUCUGAAGGACAUCUGCUCAAUGACGAAAGAGAAGACUGCCCGCCUCAUCCCCAAUGCCAUCCAGGUCUCUACAGAUACAGAGAAGCAUUUUUUUACCUCAUUUGGAGCCAGAGACAGGACGUACAUGAUGAUGUUCAGAUUGUGGCAGAAUGCGCUGCUGGACAAGCCCCUGUGCCCCAAAGAACUGUGGCACUUUGUCCAUCAGUGCUAUGGGAACGAGCUCGGCCUGACAAGUGACGAUGAAGACUACGUGCCCCCUGAUGAUGACUUCAACACCAUGGGGUUCAGUGAAGAGAUCCCUAACGAAGAGAACGAGAUCAACAAUGACAACUUAUCCAAGAGCAGCGCUGAGGCCAAGCCUGAGGGGAGCCCCCCUCUGUUACAUAAGAAGGUCAUCCCAAACAGCACCAUGCCCAGCCCAGGCAACCACGACACACCCAUCACAUUUGCCCUCCCAUCAGAGGAGUACGCAGACUGCCUACCAGACGGCGAGCUGCUUGCUGUGCCGCUGGUGGUGGAAGAGAAGAACAACGAUACCAGCGGGCCUUGUGGUCCUGUCCCUUCCCCUUCUCUGGACUUCAACGACAACGAAGACCUGCCGACUGAGCUCAGUGACUCCUCAGAAACACAUGAUGAGGGAGAGGUACAGGCUUUCCAUGAGGAUCUGAAUGGCAGGCAGCACAUCAAUGAGGUCUACAAGUUCAGCGUAGACAAGCUCUACGACAUCCUCUUCACAGAGUCGCAGUUCAUGAGCGACUUCAUGGAACAGAGACGGUUUUCAGAUGUUGUUUAUCACCCAUGGAAGAAGGAGGAUGGGGGGAACCAGACCAGAGAGAUCCUGUACACCAUCUCACUGUCCAAUCCCCUGGCCCCAAAGACGGCCACAGUCACUGAAACUCAAACUCUUUACAAAGCCAGUCAGGAGAGCGAGUGUUAUAUCAUCGAUGCUGAGGUCGUCACACAUGAUGUGCCCUACCACGACUACUUCUACACUCUCAACCGCUACAUGCUCACCAGGGUGGCUAAGAACAAGUGUCGGCUACGGGUAUCGACAGAACUGCGCUACAGAAAACAGCCGUGGGGUUUGGUGAAAGGCUUCAUAGAGAAAAACUUCUGGAGUGGGCUGGAAGAGAACUUUCGUGUUCUAGAAUUGGAGUUGUCCAAGCUGGAGGACAUGAUGACAGAGUCCCACCAGCUGUCCCCAAAGACCAAGGUGGUUAAAAACUCCACAGUGAGGCGGAAGAAGAGGCCGUUACCCCACAUGCGCAGCCAGCAUCUUGAUGAAGCGCUUAGCCCUGUUACCACACCAACAGAUGAGGAAGUGAUUCAGAGAAUCAAACAAGUAGCAGGCUCCACACAAACCAGACACCAGAGUCCAGAACACCAUCACCUGCCCGGAGGUCUCGCCCUCUACAGCGUCUCCAAACUGUUGCUCAUCAUCAGCUUUGUGAUCUGUCUAAGCCUGGUUCUGCUGGUGUUCCUAAACAUGAUGCUCUUCUACAAGCUGUGGAUGCUGGAGUACUCUGCACAGUCCUUAACAACAUGGCAAGGUCUACGGCUUCAUGAAAGUAAACUGCCUCAGACACAGAUGGAGUGGGCCCAGCUCCUGGAGGCUCAGCAGCGUUACCAUGAUGCCGAGCUGCAGAAGUGGAGGGAGAUCAUCAAGUCCUCAGUGGUUCUCCUUGACCAGAUGAAAGACUCUCUACUGAGCCUCCAGCGAGGCAUCGGUUUGAGGGACUACAGCUCGGAGGCUGAGGAGAAGAGAAGUCGCUACCACUGACACACCGCAACAAGGCCACGAGGGCAUGCUGUGCAAUAUAGGACCUGUUUUGUUUGUGAACCAGUGUGCAGGCCGUAGCAAGACAAAGAGAGGACAGAGGGGGAGGCGGGACCGACAGCGGGCUGGUCCGACAGACGGAGAGAGAGGAGCCGUCGUCUCCAGAGGUGCACGCCCCCUGGAGGGACAGAAAGCGCCCCGACUACACGCAGGAACUGAAGUAACCCUAACAUCACUGAGGCAUUGUGGGAGGGUGCUCUUUCUUUGCACCUGUGGAAGUACUGUUUCCUUCUACUCUAUUUCCAAGUGCAUCCUACUGUAUGCCGUGACAGCGGCGAGAGGAAGAAGGGAACUACUGCAUGCAUUUAGACAACCUAGCUCCCCUCAGUCAGUGUUCAUGUGGUUCACUUCCAGUCUAUGUGUGUAAAAAAUGACAGAUGUAGAGAGAUGAAGGGGUCCUUUCUACACUCUCUCGACUGUUCCAAACCCUUUGUCCCCUAGAGGUGCUCGCUACAGCGUCCCUUCAGUAGACCUCAGUGUGAUCAGAGUGCAGUAUCGUCCCAUUAGCAUGAACGGAAAGAGAGCUUGGCUUCAGUCUGUUGCCUUGUUUGGACUUGGCCUGAGUAGUCUCCGUCAGGGCUGGUUCCCUGUCAGACCACUGAGGUCGACUCGACUUUUAACCCUUACACAGAAUUCACAACAGGAGCUGCCCCUGCAUCAGUGCUAGCGACCUUCCAGUUCUUCAUCCCUCUAAUGAAACAGAAUGUAAAAGACUUUGAUCACACGCAUUUGAAGAAAAGGGAUGCUGCAGCCUGGCUGAUAGGGAGACAUAUGUUCUUACAUGUUUUAUUACUAAACUGUGACUAUAUCUCUUUAAAUAUGUUUCAGAUUAGAAAGAAUUCUAUGAAUAUAUUUGAAAUAUAUACAAAUAAUUCAUUAUUUAAUAUAUAUAUUUCAAAAUAUAUAAACAUGACCUAUAUUUAUUGUUAAUUUAUGUACAUAAGGAAAUUAUCAGAGCUCUAGACCAGUUAAAGAAUUUGUAUCAAAAGGUGUUUUCUUCUUAAAAUGCAUGCCAGAUAUGUCUGUGACAUGUCCAGUGUGCAAGUAUGACUCUGCAUUUGCGCGAUUAUGUUCGCGCAUGUGAGUGUAUGCCUGUGUGAGAUGUGUGACUGCGUGUGUGUGUGGGUGUGUGUGUGUGUGUGUGCAUGCACGUGUGUGCGUACAAGCGUGUCCUUCAAAGUGUGACAUUUUUACCAUUCCACACUUGUACGUUUCGUUUUUUCUUUUUCCUGGCUCUUGCAGCCAGACUGCCUUUUUAAUGCUGAUGCAUUUGGAUGCCGCCUUGCGUUAGCCCCACCAAGGUCCAGUUUACACAUGAAGAGUUCUGUUCCAAAAUGACAUCUCCAAAACUUAAAACAAAGUUAGAGCAGUUUAGAGAAAAUAAUUGAGCGCUAAAAUGAUCAAUAACGACAAAACCAAAUCCAAAAAGGACACAGGAAUAUCCACAUUUUAAAGACUGAUAAUGAACUGGAUAAUAAACAUUUUGGAGAUGAACCUUCAUCCCUUCGGUAGCUGGCAUUGUCUUUAUCCUUGUCACCCUGGUAGGGGUUAGAUGUCUCUUUAUUUAAAGGCAUAGUUUGACUUUUUCAGAAAUUCACAGAUUUAGAUGCAGUACGUAUGAAUCUGCCAGAACAGUUUCCAAGUUCAACACGCCAUUUUCCUGUUUUAUCACCAAGCUAUUCAUCUCUUGGCUCUGUUAACCUCCAUCUUAAUCUGGGCAACCUGGCACGGUUUUGUUUCACACAUCCGUCUGGUAAACCUCUCACAGACAGCGUUUGGGAAAAGGCUGAGCCUUUGGAAAAAAACUCAGAGUGUGAUUGGAUGAACGUCCCGUCACGUCUUUA